UAGACCCUUCUCAAACACGGCGUAAGCUGUGAUGUUUGAGAACCAAAACUCCGUUUCCCGUUAACCACGAAAACUGAGUUUUCCAAAAUCUCCACUUUGGCCGGAGUUUUAAGAAAAGAUCGUUUUUAGUGACGUAAAACUGCGGUUUCGUGUGGAUGACAGGCCUAAAAGUAUAAAAAAUACAUGUGGUUCCCCAGAUACCCGGGUACGUGUGUACAAGACCUUAGAAACACGAGGAAUGCAAGUAAGCUAACACUGAGGAAAAGAAAAACUGGCGGGGAAGAAAAGGACUGGAGAAGACCAAGUACUCUGGGGGAAGGGAGACAAUUUCACACAGGUGAAACACAGGAGGUUCCUCAAGUAAGCACCAAAACGGUGGCAAAUAUAAGCGUUCUUAUUGAGAGUGAGAAACGCAAUGUAGACCCAAUUCAUAAGAAGACAAAAGUUCUCAUCGUGCCUCAAGAAGUCCUUCAUGCGGUCCAGACUGACAAAAAAUUCUACAAACCUGGACAGAAAGUGGGAAUUCGACUGGUCUCAUUGGAUACUAAUUUCAUCCCUGUGCCACAAAUGUACCCGAUUGUGGAGAUCCAGGAUCCAUUGUCCAACCGCAUUGGCCAGUGGCUGAACAUGUCUAAUGAUCGUGGCAUCCUUGACCUUUACUUCUCAACGAAUCGUGACUCUGAGAAAGGAACCUAUCAUAUCAUUGCCACAUCAGAGAAAAAGGAAGAAAUACGCUACAGCUUUAAGAUUGAGGAAUAUGUUUUGCCCAAGUAUGAUGUUCAGCUUCAACUACCCAGUGUGAUUACCGUCUUCGAUGAAAAGGCAACAAUAAAGAUUUGUGGAAAAUACACCUAUGGAAAACCAGUUCAUGGUAUAGUCACAGUAGUUAUAUGUAGAAAGGGCUAUCGCUAUUACUAUUGGUAUAGGCGCAAUAGAGGUGGACAAAUGGAUCCUUGCAAGACUUUUACUGUGAAAACGGAACAGAGCGGAUGUGGCACAGUAAUUGUGAACGUGAAGGAGUUUUUCACCACAGACUAUGUCGUCACCGGCUUUGGAGUGACUGCUGACCUGAAGGAGAAAAACACAGGGGUCAAACUGACAGAAUCUGGGGAUAUCAGAGUCCCAAGACAAGUGAGAAGGGUAACCAUUGAGGAUACAGCUGCAACAUACAAGCACGGACUUCCAUAUGAAGGAAAGGUCAAAGUAACUGGUGCAGAUGGAAAACCUGUCCCCAAUGCAGUGGUGAUUCUUUCUACUGUUCACAAAACAUUAAGGCUCAAGACAGAGAAGAACGGCAAGGCUUCAUUUUCCCUUGAGACAACCCUCUGGAAAGGCAACAUUAUACUGAGGGCUCAGCCUGAAUCGACAAGGCUUUUUCUGGAUGUACCCUCGCCAUCAAGACCAAUCUACCUAACACGCCAAUUUACUGUCCUCGAAUUAUACUCCCCGAGUAAAAGCUUUGUGCAGAUUCAGCUGAUUGAUGGAAGCAUCCCUUGUGGCCAAGAUGUUUCCUUAAGUGCUCAGUACAUCAUCCAGGGAAAGGAGCUGAAGAAUUACCAAGACACCCUCACCUUUUACUACAUGGUGAUGGCCAGAGGAGAAAUUAGACAGCAGAGUUCUGAUUAUGUGUCUUUACAAUAUGGAGUUGUCAACAAAGGAAAAUUUUCUAUGAAACUCAGUGAAACCACAAACCUGGCACCAUAUGCUCAGGUGAUAGUUUACACUAUGUUGCCCAGUGGGGAGGUUGUGGCCGACAGCAGGAACUUCCCUGUUCAACUCUGCUUUAAUAACAAGGUGUCCCUGCAGUUCUCCCACCUCCAGCAUUACCCAGGAGAGAACACCACACUCAGUGUCCGAGCUGAGCCCGGCUCUUUGUGCUCCAUCAGAGCAAUCGACCUCAGUGUUCUCCUGCUGCAGCAGGGUCCAGAACUCACUGCAGCCGAUAUGUACGACCAACUGCCUUGGAAGAAGCUAAUGGGAUAUGAUUACAGAGCUGAAGACCUUGAGUUCUCUUCCUGCCAGCCUAUGGGGUCAAAGUCAACCUCUGUCAUAAGACCUUGGCCUCAGAAAAACGAUGACAUUUACAGCAUCUUCAAGAAAAUUGGAAUCAAAUUGUCGACCAACAUGGACGUCAGAAAACCUCUUCCCUGCACUACUCCUCCGCCAACAACUACAACAAGAAUGACAAGUCUUCCUGCUACACCUAAUUUUGGUACUAAUAAUGACUUUUUCACAACAUUCUUCACGACCACGUCCUUUCCAAUCCUUGCAACUACAUCCUUCGUGACCAUGCCUUCAACCUUCCCGACUACAACCUCCUUUCCUUCAACUUCCAUGAAUAUGCCAACCACUGUCCCACAAGUUCUUCCUCAAAAGGGAGAAGAUAAAAAGAAGAAAAUCAUCAGGAAGAUCUUCCCUGAUACUUGGAUAUGGAUGUUGACUGUUGUUGGAGAUGACGGUACUGUAUCGAUGGAGAAGACCGUCCCUGACACCAUCACUAAAUGGGUGGCUGGAGCUUUCUGUGUCUCUCAGGCUGUGGGCUUCGGCGUAUCACCUAACAUUGGACUGACCACCUUCAAGCCAUUUUUCGUCAGUCUCACGUUGCCUUACUCUGUCAUCCGAGGGGAAUCGUUUACGCUCAAAGCCACCGUCUUCAACUACGAGUCCAAAUGCAUCAGGAUGAAAAUCACGUUGGCUGACUCCAACCAAUUCACCUACAAGAAAUGUUUUGGCUGUCAGUACAGCGUCUGUCUGUGUGGUGAAGAGAGUAUGAGCUUCUCAUGGAUUGUAACUCCAACUGCCCUAGAUAAGGUGAAAGUGAAGGUCAGCGCAGAGGCCCUGACGAGCGGAAAGCUGUGUGCAAACAAACCUACUACUGUCCCAGACAAGGGCCGAAUCGACACGGUGAUCAGGGAGCUGCUAGUGGAGGCUGAAGGAACGCCACAGAUGGUCAGUCUCAACAAUCUCCUGUGUCCUACAACUCCAGGGAGGCCUGUGCAGGAGACGAUGUCUCUUGUGUUGCCCAAGGAAUUUGUGGAGGGUUCAGUCAAGGCUUCUGUGACUGUUGUGGGUGACCUGAUGGGUUCGGCUUUAAACAACAUAGAAAAGCUUCUGAGGAUGCCGUCUGGCUGUGGGGAGCAGAACAUGUUGAGAUUUGUUCCCAACAUUUUUAUCCUUGACUAUCUAGACAGCACACAUCAGCUGACUGAGGAGACUCUGAAAAAAGGCAAACAAUUUCUGGAAAGUGGAUAUCAAAGGGAGCUUAGAUACAAGCAUCCUGAUGGUUCCUACAGUGCCUUUGGAUCAAGAGAUAAGUCUGGAAACACCUGGUUGACCACUUUUGUCCUGAAGUCAUUUGAGAAAGUCAAAAAAUACAUCUCUAUAAACGAAGUGUACAUUACACAAGCUAAGGGUUGGCUGUCCAACUUGCAGCGCCCUGACGGCUGCUUCAGAUCUGUGGGGAAACUGUUCCACAACCGCAUGAAGGGUGGAGUGAGUGACGAUGUGACUCUGACGGCUUACAUUGUUGCUGCUAUGCUGGAGAUAGACAAUAACAACAAGGAUGCCACAGUGCAGAACGGUCUUCGCUGUUUAAAAAAUGCCCUGAAAGGCCCUAUCAACAACCUGUACACCACUGCCCUGAUGUCCUAUACUUUCACUUUGGCUAAUGACCCAAAAAUGAGAAAGAAAUUAAUGAAAGAGCUGGACAAAAAAUCCAAAACUGAGGACGGUAAACGAUACUUGCCUGGACUUGGGGCAAGGGACUCCCUGGAGGUGGAGAUGACCUCUUACUUUCUGCUGGCUGUGCUCUCCGGUCCCACUCUGAAAAGCUUCGACAUGAGAUAUGCUGCCAGUGUCGUCAGCUGGCUUGUCAAACAACAGAAUCCAUUUGGUGGCUUCUCCUCCACACAGGACACUGUGGUGGCCCUACAAGCUUUGGCUGUGUAUGCCUCUGCCAUCUACACCAAGAACAUUAACGUUAAAAUGACAGUGAAAGGGAAUAAAGAGACGAUACACUUCUCAGUGGAUGAGAGCAACAGGCUGCUGUACCAGCAGGAGACGCUAAGUGAGGGGCCUGGAAAGUACACGGUGACGGCAGAGGGAAAUGGCUGUGUGCUGGUACAGAUCUCGAUGUUUUACAACAUCCCCCCUCCCCCUGACUCUUCUGCCUUUGGUCUCUUUGUGGACACUUUGGGAGAUUGCAACCUGGACCCGCCUAAAUUCCACCUCACCCUAGAAGUCAGGUUCCAAGGCCAGAGAAAGGAAACAAACAUGGUGAUCGUCAACAUCAAAAUCCUGUCAGGAUACAUUCUGGAUGAGGACACUGUACCGUCGCUCGAGGGUAACAUGGUGAGGCGUGUGGAGGUGGAGGGUGAAUACAUCAACAUCUACCUGGAGGAGUUAUUGAACAAGAAGAGCCAACCCAUCAUUUUAACAUUUAUAGAAGAUCAGCAUGUCAAUGACCUGAAACCAGCUGUGAUCAAAGUCUACGAUUAUUACCUUCCAACUGAUGAGGCGUUCACUUACUACACCUCCCCUUGCAAAGACGGUGGCCAAGGCCUGUCACCUCGACCUCCACGAACAACUACUCCUCCACCCCCACCUAUCACUUGGCCUCCAUUUUCACCUCCACCUCCACGUACAACUACUCCUCCUCCUCCACCUCCACGUACAACUACUCCUCCUCCUCCACCUCCACACUCCUCCACCUCCACCUCCACGUACAACUACUCCUCCUCCUCCUCGUACAACUACUCCCCCACCUCCACUUACAACUACUCCUCCUCCUCCACCUCCACGUACAACUACUCCCCCACCUCCACUUACAACUACUCCUCCUCCUCCACCUCCACGUACAACUACUCCCCCACCUCCACUUACAACUACUACUCCUCCUCCACCUCCACGUACAACUACUCCUCCACCUCCACCUCCACGUACAACUACUCCUCCUCCUCCACGUACAACUACCCCCCCACCUCCACUUACAACUACUCCUCCUCCUCCACCUCCACGUACAACUACUCCUCCUCCACCUCCACGUACAACUACUCCCCCACCUCCACCUCCACGUACAACUACUCCCCCACCUCCACUUACAACUACACCUCCUCCUCCACCUCCACGUACAACUACUCCUCCUCCUCCGCCUCCACCUCGACGUACAACUACUCCUCCACCUCCACCUCCUCCACUUUAAAGCUCUCCUCCACCCCCUCCUGA